AUGUUGUUGGGAUGCGUAACAACCUCUUUGGCUGGGCCAUCGUUGUGCCGAGGAUUGGAAGAUGACGGCAGCCGUGUGAAGUCUCAUAGCAACCAAUGGGAGGUCGACAUGGCUACUGCGCUUGUUCAGCAUCUUUUCCGGCAGGGAGAGUACACAAGCGCGGAUAUUGCGCUCUUGACUCCCUAUACCGGGCAAUUACGGAAACUUAGGACGUCACUCAGCAAUGAUUUCGAGAUUUGUCUUAGUGACCGGGACUUGGAAACUUUGGCCGCGGAUAGGUUUGAGAAGGCUGAAGAUGAGAAACCUGAAUCAAGUGGUUACAAUGCAACCGAGAAGAAAACUUUGCUCCAGACGCUUCGCCUUGCAACUGUCGACAACUUCCAAGGUGAGGAAGCAAAGGUGAUUGUUGUCUCCCUAGUUCGCAGCGACCAAAAGCGGAAGGUUGGCUUCCUACACACCGAAAAUCGCAUCAAUAUGCUCCUCAGCCACGCUCAGCACGGCAUGUAUCUCAUCGGAAAUACCGAAACAUUUCUCAAUGUCCCCAUGUGGGCCGAUGUCCACUCUCAGCUAUCCCGUGUGGAUGCCGUCGGCGCGGAGUUGGCUCUCUGCUGUCCUCGACACCCCGACACGCCUAUUCUAUGCUCUGAGCUCGCGACUUUGAACGGAAGAGCCCUGAAGGUGGGUGCAGUCUGCCGUGUACCCGUCGACUUGAGCCAUGUGGUCAUCAAUGCCAGGCCAAGUGCCAUUCGGUGGUCAUGCACGACGGCUUUGCAUGUGGAAAGCCCUGCCCCCGUAUCCGAUCGACCUGUGAGCAUGAAUGCCCCAAGAUUUGUGGUGAAGAUUGUGGCCAUUGCAUGA